GGCACCACAUCCCCAGUCGUCGGCUGAGUAAGAGCUGGCUUUAUCAUCUUUCCAUGGGAACCUAACUCCGCUGCCCUGUAAAGGAGGGGGUGCAGGGAGAUGGGUGAAGUGAGGUGCUGUUGGGAAUGGUAGUUUCCCUGCAGGCUGCUCCCCGGAGCUCCCAUUAGCAGGUAAUGGUCCAGCCGGAGCACGCGGGAGGAGAACAUUUAGGGCAAGGAGCAGUGGAAAACCAAGAGAAAUGAUGUCAGAGGCAUCGCGACCACCGAUUGGAGUGGAGAUUCCUGAGGAGAGCCUAUAAAGCCAGGAAAGUCAACAUCAGGAACAAGCAAAGGGAAGGGAAAAGUGGAACGUGAGAAAUUCAAGGAACUUUCAGCAGCCUGUGUGGGUGAUCAAGACUUGACAAAAGAUGCUGGACUGCAGUUGUCUGCUUCUAUCCUGUCUUCUGAGCAUGACCCUGUUCCAGUGCAGUGUUGACAGCCUGCGGUUGAGCCAGGAGAGUCCAGAGUAUCUUGACCGGAUGGCUCUGGAGGACUCCGUCCCACAGCAGGUCUUCUCCAGUGAAGGGAAGGCGGUGCUGACGGCCAAACUCCUGCUUCUGGACCACAUGACCCGUCUGGAGAACGAGGUCAUUGAACCCAAGAGGAAGAGAAGCUUCCCAGGGUCCAACACUCCACUGGAUCGCCUCUCCAUAAGCACCAUGGAUCCUAAGGGCUCUAAGCAGAGGAAAGUGGUAGAGCUACCGAGAAGAAGAGUCAGUGUUCCCAUCGACAGGAUUGGAGUAGGUCGUCUACCCAGCAGCCGGGGGUAGAGUGCUCGUGCGAGAGCCCCUGAUCUAGAUAGGGUAGCCAUCACAGAAGGAUUAUGCAUGUUAGGCACACAGCCUCACACACAGCCUCACACACAGCCUCACACACAGCCUCACACACAGCCUCACACACAGCCUCACACACACCCCCCUGCCUCCUACUUCCAUCAGCCUACAUAUAUUUUUGGGCAGAAAUUACCCCCACUCCCUGCUCACCACCACACAUACACCACUCCUUCAGAUACAACUGAUAAAAACAGAUCAAUAAAAUACCAUAUAAGCACACAGACAUAACUUCCAUCACACCUUUAGGUCACACAAGACUUGCUUUAUGUAGUUCAUGCACACAUGGUCUGUUCACUUUGACUGGAGGCUGAUUGAGUGGCAAUGGCCUUGACAAUAAACUGUAUGACUAAACUGCCUUAGUUGUUUUGACAAAGUCUGUUUUCAUUUACUGAUGAUAGUGUACACAUUAAAAGAAAAUUUAAUAUAAUUGUCGGAUAACACAGGUCGAUAUUUUGGAACCGUCGAAUGCUUUUGGAAACAAUAUAACGCUGCAGCAAAGGCUUCGGGCAUAUGAAAAUAAAUUGGUAUCUUGCUCAUGCACUUUAUCUGGAAGUGGAGGACACUGGCUCCAUCAUGUGGGUAGAAUCAUUCAAUAUCUGAGUCAUAUGUCUGCCCUUUAACCAAUCAGGGGCUCAAUCUGAGUCAUGUGUCUGCCCUUUAACCAAUCAGGGGCUCAAUGCUACACAGGUUGUGCGAACAAAAACAUGAGUAUAAUGGAGAGAUGAUGACAACUACAGAGGCAAAAAUGGAAGUCGCUGAUGUAGAGAUAAAAACAAAAUGGAGAAACUCUGAAUCCCCAUUGGCGUCCCGUGCCACCCUCCAUCAUUCCCCUCCCUCCAUCCCUCU